GCCCGCUUGCAAGCGCAACUACGCCGCUCCAAUGGGGGAAUGCUACGCGGCUCUCUGGGGAAUCAGCCACUUUCGCGCUUACCUGUACGGUCGAAAGUUCACCUUGGUAACUGACCAUGAGCCCCUGUUGGCUCUGAAGAAAUCGAAGGAUUACUCGGGCAUGAUCGGGCGAUGGGCAACGGUGCUGCAGAGCAUGGACUUUGACAUUCGUCAUCGGAAGCACGAGAGACACGAGAAUGCGGACGGACUGACACGACUCCACCGGCCUAAGAAAGUUUCGAAGGGUGAAGAGGUGACGUGGACGCAGACCAGCGAGCAUCCUGCGUGGAUCGAAAAUCCGGAGCUGCUGAUCAUCCAAGCUUGGAGGACUAAUGUGGAGGGCGAUCUUCUUGGCUUUCUCUUUGGAUCAGUACGGUCAGGGCGCCGCCAGUUGAUUGCGCAGGAGCUCAUCGCGCCGAUCGUGCAAUUAGCGGACGAUCUCUCGCCCAACAUCUAUUCACAGAGUGACGACAAUCCUGCUCCGCACGUUAUCGAGCGGUCAUUGGAUCCGUACCUUCAGUGGACUGCGUGUUUGGAGGAGCCCAGGGACGAAGAUACGCUGUCGUCGCGGCAGGACUAUCUGAAGCCGUACGAUAUCAUCCCUCACGCCUUUUAUCCGAGGGCGGAGGAAGUGGUGAUCGACGACGAUGACGAGGAGGACGAAGACGAGGAAACAUCGGAGGAGGGAAGCUAUAGCGAAUACAGCGAGGGCGAGCUGAGUGAAGGAGAAGAGGAGGAAGAAGAAACCGGAUCUGAGUGUGAAGCCUUGCCGGAGGAAGCGACACGCAUGGGAACGGAGGCGGAAGAUCCGGAAGCGGCGCGAAAGCGCGAAGAAAUUGCCACCGCGAAGCGCCAGCUGGAGUUCGCCAGCGAAGCCAGCCUGCGCAUCGGCAACGAUCCGACCCGAGAUCCGGAGACGCCAAGGCCCGAAGAUGGCGAGCCUGAAGCCACCACCUCAAGUACCGCGCGACGGAGACGGAGCUGAUCCCCCUCCUCCCCCAACCCCACCCAUCCCUCAGUUCGCCCGCGUACAGAUGCG